AAACGCAACGGUCCUGCCAACGAGCACCUGCUCUGCUCUCGCCGGCUCUCUAACCCUUCCGAAUCCCCUCCUCGCAACAGCCCGGCAAUCACCUGCCCCACGACCACCACCAUAAAUCACCAGACGAUGGAGCUAUUCCCCGACGGGGCCUUCGUGCGGCUGCAGAGCCGCGCGAGAAGAACGUACGUCCACGCCGACGGGGACUGGGCGGGGGUCUCCCUACGCCCGAACGGACCCGUCCCACCCCUGAACGCGGUGUGGCGGGUGGAGCAUUUGGUCUGGUCGGACCAGGGGGACACAUUCGUCCUCCUCCAGAACGCCGCCUACGGCCGCUACCUCUCCUUCUCGAUCCAGGAGGCGCCGCCCGGCCACCGUGGCCGCUGCACCACCCAGCUCGACCGCAACGAGCCCCACGCGCUGAGCCCCUCCUCCCCGUGGAUGUGGAGGGUCCAGAGGUUGGACCCGCCCGACCAUGGCUACGUCCGCCUGCGCUACUUCGGCUGCGACCUCCGCGCCAACGGUAGGCACCGCACCUGGAACACCUGCGUCACCGUCGACGUCAACCGAGGCCGCAGGGUCUCCACCAUGAUGCAGUGGACGGCCCACGUCGUCGCAGCGAGCUCGGUACCGCCGCCCCUUCCAGCCUCACCUCAGCCUCAGAUAGGAGUCUGCUGUGGCCUGUUGUUCUGGCGGCGCACCGGGGUGCAUCAGCACCCGCCGCGGACGAUCCGGCACGUGCGGGCGAGCGACGAAGGGGACUUCGACCAGAAUCCUCACAACUGGCCCUCGUUCGUUUCCUACGACCACUCCGUGAUGAACCUGAGGAUCCAGCUGGGGCAGCUCCAGGACGACUGGGACGGGGAGAUGUUCGGCUUCACGCUGUGCAUGCGGCCCGGCUCGCAUGGCCGGCUAACGCCACUGGUCACCGACCUGCCUCGCAGCCUAGAUCCCAUGGACAUCGUCGUCUUCAGGACCGGAUCACCAGCUGCUGCUGCAUUGGUGUAUGCAUUCUGUAGAGGAGUACGAUAGCGGAACUUCUGACAACGUCGAAAUUCAUCGGUUCAGGAACCAAAAACAUUCUGCCCCUGAUAUUGUGACAUGAGAACUGGCUCAUGGUUUUUUAAAGUUCAAUAGCUUUCCUGUAAUUGUUGUUAGAUCUGAUGCGCUCUACUGAUUCAGUUUCAGAACAUGAAACUGCUGAAAGCGUCAUGUGGAAGUAAUGGUGAAUGGUUCUGCGAAGUAACAUCUAUUCUGUUCGUUGCGGCUUUAACCUAGCUGUUCAGACUGCUGCAAUUGUAAUUAAUAGAGACAAAAUAUUGUAGAAAAAGUAAACCAGCGAGUUGUAUUUGCCAUCGUCAUCUCCGUUGGGUGAUGAAAUGAUGGCAAGAAUAGAUCUGGCUGAUUUUGCCUGUACUUUGAUCCUGACACGUCAGAAAUGUUAAUUGCGUCUACCUUUUAGUCAUGGACUGAAAAUCUUGGUUGCA